AUGAUGCAAGGGGAGGUUGGGCCUGCUGUUCUAAAGCAGGGGGCUCAGGAGGAUAAGGGAGAUACUGCUCGCCUGCAAUACUUUGUAGGAGCAAUAGCAGUAGGCGACUUAGUGAAGGCUACGUUAGGCCCCAAAGGAUUAGACAAAGUGCUGCAGCCGAUGCAGAUGGAAGCAGCAAGAAGAGAGGGCCCCACAGUUACUAAUGACGGCGCUACUAUCUUAAAAUCCGUCUGGCUUGAUAACCCUGCUGCUAAGAUCCUUGCAGAUUUGGCGCUGCAGCAAGAUAUGGUGUGCGGCGACGGCACUACGGGCGUCGUGGUGUUAGCAGCAGAAUUGCUGCGGGAGGCAGAGCAGCUGGUAGAGAAGAAUAUACAUCCUCAGGAGCACUUUGCUCAGAUCGCAGUAGACGCAAUAUUGCGUUUACGUGAAAAUGCUGCAUCUUUGGAUUUAAUACAUAUUAUUAAAAAGCCAGGGGGUUGUUUGAAGGACUCCUAUUUAGAUGAGGGUUUUCUUCUUGAAAAGAAAAUCGGUGUGGGGCAGCCCAAGGUGAAGGAAAACUGCAAGGUGAUGGUGGCAAACACCCCAAUGGACACCGACAAAAUUAAAAUAUUUGGUGCGAGGGUUAAAGUCGACUCCUUCGAAGCUGUGCAUCAGCUAGAGCUCGCAGAGAAGGAGAAAAUGAAGCAAAAGGUGGAUAAGAUUUUGGCGUAUAACUGCGACGAGCCACUUGGCUUUUGUGCGAAGAUGGAGGAGGUUGUGAUUGGAGAUGACACCGCCAUCCGAUUCUCAGGCUGCAAAGCAGGAGGCGCAUGCACAGUUGUGGUGCGGGGUAGCAGCGAGCAGGGUGUAGAUGAAGCAGAAAGGUCUCUGCAUGAUGCCCUGGCAAUAUUGUCUCAGUUGGUGCUGCAGGAGCAGCAGCAGCGGAAGCAGCAGCGGCAAGCAGCAGCAGCAGCAGCCUCAGGUAUAGCUGCUGCAGCAGAAGAACUUAGUGAAGGUAUUCUGUCUUCAAAAGAGCAGCAGCUGCUGCUGAGUUUGGCCGUGGAGAGUUACGCGCGAGCCCUCCGCCAGAUCCCCACCAUCAUUCUCGACAACGCUGGUUUGGACAGCGCUGAGAUUGUUUCGGAGUUGCGAGCGCAGCACCACGCAGGCAAACAUACGAUGGGUGUUUGCGUUGAGGGUGCUGGAGGGACGGUAGACGUUAAACAGAAAGGGGUUGUAGAAGCCUUCAAAAGCAAACUCUCGCAGCUCUGCUUCGCUACAGAAGCAGCAGAAAUGAUUAUUCGGGUGGACGACAUUAUUCGAUGUGCGCCGCGAGAAAGGUCGGGAAUGUAA